GCCAAUAAACACCAGAGAAGAAGAUAAGGAAGCUUCCUGAUUGGCUCAACGUCAUUGUCAAGCGGCCAAUGAGCGCGGUCGUGACGUGUGGCGGGUGUUUGAAAACAGAAAUGGCUGCCGUCCGAGGUGUGUUACAGCGCUGUGAUCCGGUUCUCUUGGAUCCGUGUUCUGACUCUGAGCAGCCGGACUGUGCUGAAGCUGAAGCUGCCCGGAUGGUGCUUUACCUGACGGACAGUCGUCGUGUCCAGAAGGUUCUGGGUCGUCAGCUGUUUGUUCUGGACUCCAUGAUGUCUCUGUUGGAAGGUCUGAAGUCUGCCCAGCAACUGAUGACGCAACCCUGCCCCCCCCAACCAGAGGGCGGGGCUCGCAGCAGGUGGAAGGCCCUGAAGGUGGAGUACAGGUCAGGGGUGGAGGAGACGGAGACUCUGCUCAGAUCUCUGCAGGACAAGAUCCAACACAUCGACAACAGAAGACACACACUCACACAGCUGAUCACACACAAGACGCAGCAGAGUGAACAGCUGGAGUCUCUGCAGAAGGCCCAGAAUGCAUUGCAGUCAUGUGAUCGUCAGCUGACCGGGCUGAGGGCGGAGUCAGAGGCGGCGCUCAGUCAGCUGAUCAGCUGGCAGCGGCUCAGAGAUGAGUUGCAGGUGUACGUCUCUGCCGUACAGGAAGUGAUGCAGAUCAGCCUGCUGUCCUUCAACCAAUCAGAGCUGUGUGUGGAGCUCAGGCCACGCCCCUCCUCUGACCAGGCAUCCAAUGAGCUGGAUCCACUGAAGCUGUCAAUCACCUGGAGCCAUGAUGAGCACUUCAGCCUGCAGGUGAGCGGGGGGGCGGCCGGGCUGGUGGAGGACAGCGUGUCGGGCCGGUGGUCGGAGCUGAGCGCCGCCCUGCUGGACGUCAUGCAGUGUUACAUGGGUCAGUUCCAGCUGCUGUCAGAGAUCCAGGGACUGAGGGCCAGCUUCGCCAUCGACUGGUGUCCGGCUCAGCGUCUGCUGGUCUACCUGAAGACGGCGGUGCUGGUGUGUCACCUGGAGGUGGAGGACGGAUACCCGAGCGCUGGACGAGCCCGACUGCUGUCGGUACGACGAGACGGACAGCCGCUGGACACGCGUGGACUGAAGCCUCAUAAAUCUGAUCCCAGUCUCACAGACUGGUUGGUGUUUCUCUGCAGCAGUCCUCUCGUCUGAGCUCGUCCUCCUCCUCCUCCUCCUCGUCCUCCUCCUCGUCCUCCUCCUCGUCCUCUCCGUUAGUUUGUAAAGUUCAUGUCACUUCCUGUCUUCAUAUUAAACAAAUAAACUUCACAAACUGUCAGCUGACCUGUUUAGUUGUUCCCAAAAUAAAAGUUCACUAACUUCC